AUGUUUAAUACCACCAAUAUGGCGACUUAUGAUAAAAUUUUUCUUCAAUUAAGAAAUGAAGAAAAAGAUGACCCACAACAGUUCAUAGAGGACUUGUUGGAGGUGGGUAGAUUGAACGAACUCGGUGAGGGUAAGCUAAUACUCAUGUUCAAGAUGUCUCUUGGGGAAGAGGCAAAGGAUUGGAUGGUAGCACAGCCGUUGGGAUUGAGCUUUGAAGAGAUAUUGAAGUCAUUUGGGAUGAUAUUUGUUAGUAAUAUAGCUCUUAAAGCCAGUACUGAUAAACUAUCAACACUUAAAUUCGCUGGAGGAUCAAUUCUCAAUUAUCUGGAUAGGAUGGCUAGGAAGGGCAUCGUCCCAGAAGACGUUCUGAUUGCUCUUGUGUUAAAAAAACUGCCAUGCAAUUUAGCUAAUAUCGUACUAGUCAAUAAUAAAGAUGGCUUAUCAUGGGAAUAUUUAUACAGAGCUCUGAGGAAUGUGAAGACAGUGGAGGAGCCGAGGUACAUGGAGGUAUCUAGUGGGGCACCAAUGGAAAUAGAUGCAGUGAGAAAGAAAUCUUGGCAGCAAAAGGGUUUUAAGAAAGAAAAUAACAGGAAGAUUGAGUGUUUUAUUUGCGGACAGUAG